CACGAGACAGAUACAAUACACGACACAGCUAAUUGGUCAAAGCUCCAUGCCCCUAUCACUAGUUUCACCAGAAAUAAUAAAACCACAAUCUAACCUCUCCAAUCUCCUUCCUCUCCGCAACUCUCUCUCUCUCACCAACCAAAACUCUGACUGGAAAUGAUUUUACCUCCAACAACCCUCAUCUUCUCUCUCCUCACCUUCCUCCUCUUCCUCCACCACCCUUCCUCCACCGCCGAACCCAUAUCCCACACCUUCGGUUUCCCUUUCGACCACACCUACUACGAUACCCUCCAAGUACAACCUCCUUCCACCAUCAGCAACGACGCACUCCAAAUCACCCCCGACUCCGCCGGAAACUUCUCCCUUACCAACCGCUCUGGCCGUAUUCUCUUCAGACAACCUUUCCGUCUCUGGGAAUCCUUAGGCCACAACCGAACCCGCGUUGCCUCCUUCAACACCACCUUUCUCAUCAAUAUUUACCGUCUUAACGACACCGAUGGCACCCCUAUUACUCCAGGUGAUGGCUUAGCUUUCAUUGUAGCACCUAACCUCACCGUUCCUCCAGCUAGCUCUGCACAGUUUCUCGGCUUAACCAACUCCUCCUCCGAUGGAAACCCGCUAAAUCAACUCUUAGCCAUCGAGUUUGACACCUUCCAGAAUGGACCUUAUGACCCUGAUGAUAACCAUCUUGGACUCAAUAUCAACUCCAUCCGAUCUAACCACACAGUUUCUCUCUCCGAUUUCAACAUCACUCUUGCUCCUCUUACCACCAUUUUCCAUAAAGUGUGGGUUUUUUACGACGGAGGAGAGAGAAAAUCUCUUACUGUUUACAUUUCCGAUCUUCAAGACCGGUACGAGGUCCCGCCUUUGCCGGAUGUUCCUGUCAUGAAUGUUUCCGGUAUCGAUCUAAGUGAGAUUGUUAACCCGGAUUCCUACUUCGGAUUCUCUGCUUCAACUGGGGACGAAAUUGCUGAGCUUCAUUGUGUUUUAAGCUGGAAUAUUACCGUUGAAAACCUCGGAAACUCCGGCGCUGGAAAACUUCCUAUUUAUCUCGGUGUCGGGAUUUCGCUGGUGGUAAUACUAGUUAUUUUUGCGGCGGUUGGAGGGUAUUGUUGGAAUAAGAAGAAAAAGGCGGCGGCAUCCGACCCCAAUAUUCUCGGAGCUUUGAAAAGUUUGCCGGGUACACCGAGAGAGUUUGAAUAUAAGGAUUUGAAAAAAGCGACGAAUAAUUUCGACGAUAAGAAUAAGUUGGGGCAAGGUGGGUAUGGGGUUGUUUACAGAGGGUUGUUGCCGGUUGAAAAUAUGGAGGUUGCAGUGAAGAAGUUUUCAAGGGAUGAAAUUAAGAGUAAAGAUGAUUUUUUGGCUGAGCUUACUAUUAUCAAUAGGUUGCGCCACCGAAAUCUCGUCAAAAUUCUAGGGUGGUGCCACAAAGUUGGGACACUUCUACUAGUUUAUGAAUACAUGCCCAAUGGCAGCUUAGACCAGCACAUAUUCUGCGGAGAUGACAAGGUUCCCUUGAGCUGGGAACUCCGCUUCAAAGCCCUCAAGGGUGUAGCCUCCGCCCUUCGCUACCUCCACAAUGAGUAUGACGAGAAGGUGAUCCAUCGAGACCUCAAGGCAAGUAAUAUCAUGCUUGACACCUCCUUCAAUGCCCGCCUUGGAGAUUUUGGCUUAGCUCGUGCAUUAGACCAUGAAAAAACCUCAUAUGCUGAGAUGGAGGGUGUACAUGGCACAAUGGGAUACAUUGCUCCCGAGUGCUUCCACACAGGCAAGGCCACUAGGGAAUCUGACAUCUACGGCCUUGGGGCAGUGUUUCUCGAGGUUGCUUGUGGGCUUCGCCCUUGGACCAAGAGGGGAGGAUACCACUGUCUAGUUGACUGGGUGUGGUCAAUGCACCGAGAUGGGAACCUAUUAGGAGCAAUUGAUGAGAGAUUGGGAAAAGAGUAUGUAGCCGAGGAAGCAGAGAGGGUUUUGCUCCUAGGUCUGGCAUGCUCCCACCCUAUGGCAGGUGACAGGCCUAAGACACAGGCAAUCUUGCAAAUUUUGUCAGGAUCAGUGCCUGUGCCCCAUGUCCCACCUUUCAAGCCAUCGUUCGUGUGGCCAGCAAUGCGCUCCAUGGAGGACAUCAGCUCGGAUAUGUCUCCCGAUACCACUCCCAUUGCAUCUUCACAAUAUGAUAAUUCUAAUUGGACACCGAAUUCUGUCAGCCCACAUAGUGGUAGCGUAUUCUCCAUGGUAUGACAGGAUACUUGGCUCAGCAAACCGCAGCUACAACUAAGGCAUUUUUGCUGUAAUUUUUCCCACUUAUUAGUAACUUUUCUGCCAUUUUAUAUGAAAAGUUUUGCUUAUUUUAUAGUUCAAGGCUCAAAUGCUUGAAAUUUGUGUCCCAAUUUUUUUUCCACUUAAUUUUGUUUUGUACAUGGGAAAGGGGAUGGAUUGUCAAUGUAAAUCAAAAUUUGUUUUUUGCUUUAGGUUUGCUUGUAUUUCGCUGGUGUAGUAACUGGUAUUGUACAAGGAGUUUCUACCAUGAUAAACAAAUGUAUUCCAGGAUAAGUCUCUUUUUCCGUA